AUGAUCCGAAGAUUGUUGUGCUUGGCUGUAGUUGCUUGGGCUUCAGCAGAGAAGUCAUGUUACUGGAACGCUCUUUGUCCGUACCCAAUGUACUCAACCAUUACCCCGUAUGAUACAAUACGGGGAGAUAUCAGGGAUUAUCCGGAUCCAGAGGGUUGUCAGGCGAUAAGUAUGUGGUCGCUACACAGGCACGGUAACCGCAACCCCACCUCCAGGGUCACAACCGACAUCAAAGCCGUCGCUGGCUUAAAGGAUGUGAUCAUUCAGAGCUUUGCGAGGGGCAGAAGUCGGAUGUGCUCGCAGGAUAUUGAAGAAUUAAAAAAAUGGAAGUGGAACGAAACACUUGAAGAAUCACAAGCGUUCCUUACAGGAACAGGUUAUGAAGAACUAUAUGAUAUAGGUAAACGACUUAGAGAAAAAUACCGUGAACUGCUGCGAGGAUCUGUCGAUAAAUACUACUUUAGAAGCACCAACGAACAGCGUACCGUUGCCAGUGGAAUGGCGUUUGUUCAUGGUCUUGCGGAAGGAACCGAUUUGAACCUCACCGUUGACGGACCUUGGGAAAGAGAUGAUGUCAUUCGUCCAUAUGAAAAUUGCGACAAAUAUCAAGUGGAAGUUAAAGGUGGCCAGAAACUGGUGGAGGAACUGGACGCAUACUUCCGCACAGAUGAAUUCCAGAUGGUCAAGAAUAAUGUCCAGGAGCGCCUAGGCAUAGAGACCCAGUUGUCGCCGGAAGACAUAUACUCGUUGUAUGAGAUCUGUCGCUUCUACCGUUCCUGGACUCCCACCAAGCAGUCGCCUUGGUGCUCCGUCUUCUCAGACCAGGAUCUUGUUGUUUUAGAGUACAGGGAUGACGUACGCCAUUACUAUCGUAAUGGAUACGGUUCUUGGGUUAAUGUAAAUCUAGGUGGCCCUGUCCUAAAGGAUCUGUAUGAAAACUUCGAGGCCGCAGUUAAUGGCAGUGGGAGGAACGUAGUCUCUUACUUCACACACGACACUAUGUUGGAAAUGACUUUCUGUGCUUUGGGUUUAUUUAAAGACGACGCUCCAAUCAGAGGAAUUGAGAGGAAUCCUGAUAGACUUUGGAAGACCAGCUUCAUAUCGUCUUUCUCCGUCAACUUAAUUGCUGUUUUGAACAGUUGUCAUGAAUCAGGAUCUCAAACGUACCGCGUCCAGUUUUUCAUCAACGAACGGGAAACGGAGCUAUGUCCCACUACUGGCUGCACUUGGAGGCAGUUCCAGGAUAACUUCCACAAGUUCACAACAACGAAUUUGGAUUUCUGCAGCAUGGACAACUCUGUUGUCAGUGGGCCGGAAACUAACUCGGCUACUCGUGCUAAAUUGGUAACAAUUUGCUUAAUGGCAAUGGAAAUAUUAUUUUAUUUAUUAAAAUAG